UCCGAGCCGUCCUCGUUCUCGCCUAUAUAUUAACCAUCAGUAUAAAUGUCUACUAACGAAAAGAGAAAAAAGGGAAAAAAAAAAAAGGAGGCAGGGCUCCGUCAUCGGAAAGAGGGAAAAGCUAGGGUAGCAGUAGAUCGAUCGGUGGUUCCAAGCAGUACGUGGAUUAAUCAAGCACGCGCAUACAUGGCGGGCGAGAGGAAGGAGAUCGAGCCGGCGGUCGAUCCGGCACCCGGCGGCGAGGAGGAGGAGGAGGAUUGGCUGAACGCGCUGCUGAGAAGGCUGGGCCAUCCCUUCACCGUCGACGGCGAGGGCAGGUCCGUCCCGGAUCCCGACUGGUGUCCGCAGGCCUGCCUGGAUCCCAACUCCGUGCUAUUCGUCGAUCGCCACAACAUUGGCCAAGUCGAUGUGGAUGCCUUCUUCCGCCGACAGAUACCUAUGGGUCCCUCUGACAGGGAAAAGGGCAUCUGGAAUGGUGCUAUGGAUUAUGUAUGCGAGCUCAAAACAUGGAAGAAGAGGUAUAAGAUGAUCACAAGCUCUCCUUGGAGGUAAUUGAGUGGGUUCUGUAAAUACAUCAGCAAAUUCUUGCAGGAGUGAGGUGAUAGAAUCAGAAACACAGGUGGUUGCUACAACUUCAUUGUCAUGUACUCCUAUUAAUUGUACCAUGUGCAUCAGUGGUCCUGACUUAUGUAAAGCUUGUAUCUGAAGAUUAGUAAUAUGGGCACAGUUAUGUAAUUGAGUAUGAACUCCCUGAAUAAUAACUGAUUGCCCAUCCUUGAA